UGUUGGUUUUAGUUAGUUUCAUAUUGGCUACUUGGGUGAACGAUGCAAUAAGCCGAGUGUGGCUUGCAUCACACGCGAAAGCAAUAGGCCCUCACAUUGCCAGUUAUUCGCCGUUGCGUCGCCUGACAUACUUUACAAUACAUCGAAUACAGAGUGCAUAUAUUUUGUGAAAUAUAAUAUAUCGAUCAGUGACGUGAGUGUUAAAACGACAGUUUACAAGGGCUUCCGCGUGGAGUGUGGGUUCAAAAUUGCCACUUGUGAUAAACGAAAACAAACGCUACACUGAGUUUUUAUUUGAAGUUCAUGAGGACACGUGAAUAUAAAUGAAACUAUACAGUGAAUACCGCACUUAAGUUUCGAUCGCCCGGCGCGUAACAAUGCUGGCUGUGGCUUACAUUUUAUUAUUGACCGCGAUCGUCGCGGUCCUCGUGGGACUGUGGCAGAAAAAUACAAAUGCGCUCUGCAAAUCCAAGAAGAACCUCGAAGGGAAAACGGUCAUCGUCACCGGAGGCACGUCCGGUAUGGGCCUGCGGAUUGCGACCGAUUUCGCAAGCCGAGGCGCGCGAGUUAUAGUCGCCUGCCCUUUCAUCGACGAAGGAACUAAAGGCCGAAAACAAAUUAUCGAGCGCACCGGUAAUGAGAAAGUUUUCUUCAAAUUAUUAGACCUUUCUUCCCUCUCGUCGAUACGCAAAUUCGUCGCUGACAUAUUACAGAAUGAACAACGUUUGGAUAUUUUAAUCAACAACGCCGGCAUCGGAAUCGGUUUCGACUUCUUGACGAAAGAUGGAAUGCACUUUAUAAUGCAAGUGAACUAUUUUGGACAAUUCCUGCUCACUUUACUUCUGUUACCUUUAUUAUUAAAAACGGGAAAGAGCGCGGAGCCCGCUAGAGUAGUUAACACAUCGUCUAUUUUACAUAAUAUUGGUGUAGUUAACUUCGACCACAUGAACAGCCUGAAAUACUGGAACGGCAUCCAGUUGUAUGGGAACAGCAAGCUAUGUUUAAUAUUGUUCGCUCGAGAGCUAACAAAGAAAUUAGAUAACGCUAAUGUUGUGAUCAACUGCGUCGACCCCGGGGCGGUGGGGACGACGAUAUUUAAUUGUGUCGGAAGUUUUCUUGGGACGAUAAUAACAGUUUUCUUCAAGAACUUCUUCAAGACUCCGUGGGAGGGGGCGCAGACCGCGAUACACGUGGCGUUGGAUAAGAAGGCUGGGGAAGUGAGCGGGGAGUUCUUCAAGAAUUGUAGACUAUCUCGUGCGAAGAGCUUGGCCUAUAAUGAUAAGAUAGCUGAACAGCUCUGGGAAGAGUCGGUUCGUCUCGUAAGACUGGGCAAGGAUGAAGUUGAACAGUGUUUCAAGCCGUUGUAGUAACUUUCUGUGAUUUAGGGAUCUUGUGGUGUGCAGUUUUACACAAAUCUUUACUUUGAUUGUAAAGUAUGUUUGAGUAUAUCCUUGGAAGCUUCUGUGAUUAACUAUGUAAUGUCGGUGAUAUUAUGAUUGCGUUUCUGUGUUCUUGUGAUUGAGAUGAUUGUCAUGUAAAGUAUUAUUAACAUACAAUAUUAUUUUUGUUAUCGAAAUUUAACAAAAAAAAAAUAUUGUAUGUAAAUCCAAUGUAUGGAAAAAUAUAAUAUAUUAAGUCUGGUCAUGACCACGUAAUAUUAAUUUAAGUUUCGACUUUAUUAUUGUAAUAGGGUAACUACUAACUGUAAAUAUAAUAAUAAAAUGCUUGUAUUCGAUAUCUCUUUAUUAAACGA